AUGGUACGCUUAAUACUGCACCAAGUGAUCCCAUCAGAUUCUGGUGAAUAUGUUUGCAAAGUUCACGGUGAAGUGGUAGAGGCUGAAACAAAACAACAAAUGACUAAAACCAUUUCAUCUGGCUCAAUUGUUACAAUUGAAGAUCAAACUGAGGAAACAACUGUCCAAGUUGAAGAUACACAAACUGUAGAACCAUCAGUGGCUUCCAUAGAACCAGCAGAUUUAUGCUUUGUUAAACCGGUUACACUUGAACUACGCACAGUUUCUGAGCAAGAAAAGCAACUUGAACUUGAGUGUCAAUUCCAAGCUGAUUUGAAGCCAGUGGAGGUGCAGUGGAGGCUGGAUGGCAAAGAGUUGACUCAAUCCGACCGAAUUGAAAUGUCAUACAUGGAAGAUGUUGGUGUGGCCCACUUGGUUGUGCAUCAAGUUAGUUCAGCGGAUUCAGGUGAUUAUGCGUGUGUCGUUGUUGGUGAGGUGAUUGAAGCACAGACAGGUGAACGUUCAAUGAAGACGAUAAUAUCAACAUCACAAGUUACUAUCGAAGAAGAGUUACCAGAAGAAUCGGUUGCACCGAUGGAAAGUAGCGGACCAGAAGAAGCGACUAUUGCACCCGUACAAUCUGCUGAUUUAUGCUUUGUGAAACCAGUCACACCAGAGCUGAAUAUUGUCUCCGAGCAAGAACGACAACUUGAACUUGAGUGUCAAUUCCAAGCUGAUUUGAAGCCAGUGGAGGUGCAGUGGAGGCUGGAUGGCAAAGAGUUGACUCAAUCCGACCGAAUUGAAAUGUCAUACAUGGAAGAUGUUGGUGUGGCCCACUUGGUUGUGCAUCAAGUUAGUUCAGCGGAUUCAGGUGAUUAUGCGUGUGUCGUUGUUGGUGAGGUGAUUGAAGCACAGACAGGUGAACGUUCAAUGAAGACGAUAAUAUCAACAUCACAAGUUACUAUCGAAGAAGAGUUACCAGAAGAAUCGGUUGCACCGAUGGAAAGUAGCGGACCAGAAGAAGCGACUAUUGCACCCGUACAAUCUGCUGAUUUAUGCUUUGUGAAACCAGUCACACCAGAGCUGAAUAUUGUCUCCGAGCAAGAACGACAACUUGAACUUGAGUGUCAAUUCCAAGCUGAUUUGAAGCCAGUGGAGGUGCAGUGGAGGCUGGAUGGCAAAGAGUUGACUCAAUCCGACCGAAUUGAAAUGUCAUACAUGGAAGAUGUUGGUGUGGCCCACUUGGUUGUGCAUCAAGUUAGUUCAGCGGAUUCAGGUGAUUAUGCGUGUGUCGUUGUUGGUGAGGUGAUUGAAGCACAGACAGGUGAACGUUCAAUGAAGACGAUAAUAUCAACAUCACAAGUUACUAUCGAAGAAGAGUUACCAGAAGAAUCGGUUGCACCGAUGGAAAGUAGCGGACCAGAAGAAGCGACUAUUGCACCCGUACAAUCUGCUGAUUUAUGCUUUGUGAAACCAGUCACACCAGAGCUGAAUAUUGUCUCCGAGCAAGAACGACAACUUGAACUUGAGUGUCAAUUCCAAGCUGAUUUGAAGCCAGUGGAGGUGCAGUGGAGGCUGGAUGGCAAAGAGUUGACUCAAUCCGACCGAAUUGAAAUGUCAUACAUGGAAGAUGUUGGUGUGGCCCACUUGGUUGUGCAUCAAGUUAGUUCAGCGGAUUCAGGUGAUUAUGCGUGUGUCGUUGUUGGUGAGGUGAUUGAAGCACAGACAGGUGAACGUUCAAUGAAGACGAUAAUAUCAACAUCACAAGUUACUAUCGAAGGUAUAGUUUAUCUGAAUAUUAUGUUAUAA